AUGGGGCAGCCAACCGAGUCUCCAACCGGCGCAGGCGCCAUGCUCUCCAGCUCGCCGCUCAAUUGGGACGGAAAGUGUCAGAAAUGCCGCAAGCUGAUGUCGCGCUGCGUCUGCUUCCAAGAAGCCGAAGGCGACGCCGACCCGCUCCACCCCAGCGCCGCUUCACAAGUGAAUAUGGACGCCUCCGAGACGCGUCCGCUCUGGAAUGCGCUGCGGAAAAUGCACCGCAAGUCGACAGCAUCGCGUCUGUCGCUCCUGCAGCCGCCUACAAACGCACAACCCUCCAAGGAACACCACCGCAAACACAGCGAAGCUCUUCCUCCUCUCAGCGCUCCUCAUCUGCAUCGACGUUCUGAUGCUCGCCCUCCUCAGAGUUCCGCAAGACGAAGUAGCAGAGAACCGAGACGUGAGGGACGAUCAUCCAUGAGCCGGAAAGACCGACUCCAGCGAGCUGGUAUUACGACCAGCAGUCACAACCUCAAGAGAGACGUUAAGGACGCUGGCGUUAUGCGCUCCGCGCAGUCGACCAGCAGCAUGGGUAAGCACGGGGACUUUACCGCUCCUCGCCUAAAGCAGAAGCGUAGCUACGGGCCGGAAGAAGGCUCAGCAAGCGAUGACGAGAACGACGAGACUGUAUGGGAGCUGUAACCAGUGAGCUUUCCUUUCCACGUGCUGAACACGCUGGUGGUUUGCCGCAUGGGCAGCACGAACUGAAUACAUGUACAAUGGCCUGAGUGGAACAA